GGCAGGGCCAAGGCAGUACUGCUUCUUUCUUAUGUUGCAGCAGGCAAGAAAUUAGAGCACCGGCCGCUGUGUGAGUGGUAUAUCCCAGUGAGUACAUCUUGAAAGCUAGAAAGAAAAUACUUUACUACUCAUGGAGAAUCAAACCCAGAGAAAACCCAGAAUUCUGUGCCUCCAUGGCUUCAGAACAAGCGGUGAAAUUCUCAAGAAAUUGGCAGGAAGAUUGCCCCAAACCGUGCUCGAAAAGCUGGACCUUUUCUUCCUUGACGCCCCGUUUCCUGCUGAAGGAAAGUCCGACGUGGAAGGCAUUUACGACCCUCCCUACUUUGAGUGGUUCCAAGCCAACGAGGAUUUUACGGAGUAUACCAAUUUUGAAGAAUGUCUUGCAUACAUGGAAGAUUACAUGUUAAAGCAUGGUCCUUUUGACGGUGUACUGGGCUUCUCCAUGGGAGGAAUGAUAGCAUCUUUAUUGCCCGGAAUGCAAGAAGAGGGUGUGGCUCUUACUAAGGUACCGAAGAUAAAGUUUGUGAUAAUAAUAUCAGGAGCUAAGUUUGGAGGAUCCAAGUAUGGGGCGCCUAAGCUGGCUGCUAAUGCUUUUUCAUCUCCCAUCAAGUGCCCAUCUCUCCACUUGAUAGGGGAGAAAGACUUCAAUAAGCAAGAGGGGACUUCUCUACUGGAAUCAUUCGUGGACCCUGUUGUAAUUCAUCACCCCAAGGGCCACACUAUUCCUAAACUUGAGGAUGAGGCCGAGGAAACAAUGCUCAAGUUCAUUGAGAAGAUUCAAAUGCUGCCGGGACACGAAGAAUAGAUCUGUUUAGCUGGGAAGGCUGCUUUAUUGCCUAGGAUUCUCAUGAACCAUAAUCGUAUUCUUCUUCUUAAUAUUGUAUAAUACUAUGUGCCGUCAAUCGUCAGCAAUGGUUAACUCUAAUAAAUAAAGAUAUUCAUUAUCUGUUAGCUUUA